AUGGCUGCAGCUGCAGAAUGGAGGCCUGGUGGUCCAGCCAGCGCUGACCUGGGAGGUGCAGACAGCAGCCCGUGGACUCACUACCGGGUGGGCACCGUGCCCACCCGCCUCGAGGGCAGCACCUCACAGACACCACAGGAACCGGGCCCACCGGGCCCCAGGGCUGGGCGACCAGCCGCCCGCAGCACCCUGGACCUGCACUCCAGGAGGCCCAAGGGCCUGCGCCGGGUGGAGGGAAGAGCCACGCCCCUCACACCCAGCCCCGAGAAGCCCGAAUCCCUGGGUCCCGAACACGCUUCAGCCAAACUUCACAUAAACGUUCCAUGCUCUGGGCUGCAGCAGAAGGCGGCCCGGGAAGGUUCAGAGGGCACCCUGCUGCCUUGCUUCGAAGACCACAGCUGGGCCUCAGCUGGACCAGAGCUGGGGGAAGGCGCUGUGUCCGUGACUCUGGACGAGGCCAGCAGGUGCCAGGCGGCCAACAGAGCCCCUGCCUUUCUCGGGGCCAAGCUCGGGCCAGGCUCCACUCCAGAGGGAGACAGAGGAGAAGCUGCAGGGCCGUACCGAGGCGAGCCCGCGGCCCUGGAGCCGCCCGAGGGCACCUCCGGAAUGGAGCUCCCGGGUUUGCCGGAAGGUCCCCAGCAGGCCGGGGUCUGCAGAGACCACCCUCGGCGUGCCCACACCUCCGCCCCCCUCUCCCCUGGGACCGGCCGGCCACCCCAGCACCCUCACCAGCACUCGCCUGUCUGA